GCAGGAGGAGACCAUCGAAUACAUUUGCCAUCGUGACCUCUAUCACAAGAAGGCUGUCGAACCUAUUAGAAAUCAACCGAUAUCACGACACGCGGAAGCUGUUACAAAAUUAUACGCGAGGGAACUGGCCGCCACUGGUACUGAGCAUUGACAGUGAUGACCUGGGACGUUGAUAAUCAGGACGUGAUGUCGGGCAGACAGUAAUCUCAACUGAUAUCUUUGGCUUUCCUCUGGGACUUCAAGGUCGUAAUAAGGGAUCUCAUGCAUAUGAUACCCACACUUAUUAUAUGCUUGGCAAUCAGUACCUCAAGAUGUAGGACGAAACAAUCAAUUUCAAUACGCACCGAGCUAAAACCCGUGCCCACGCCGAAGCCACAAACCAGCCCACCAAUUCAAUUGUCGCAGCUUCGGACUGAUUUUGACAUUUACACUAUCACGGUACCUUCAGGUCCAGAGUCUGAACGAGAUGACGGGUGCAAUGGAGAGGGAUAAAAGACCCCACGAUGAUCGAAGAUCGUCUUGCUCCUUACUUCUCGAUUAGAGGAAUCCUUACUUAUCCUAUCGCUACCCUUAUCGUGAUGUUCCUGUUAUACGGGUUCUAUAUCGCAAUAUUCGCCCUAUCCCUCCGAGUCCUGUUGCGCCGGAAUAACCCCAUCUCCAGGAUUUACUUAGCCUUGGUCAUAACCCUCUUUGUUCUUGCAACCCUUGCCAAUAUUUGCGAGGCUACGGGGCUUAUUCAACAGGCCGUUCUACUACUUUCAGUCUUGAAAUCGAAAGAUUAUUUCAGGCUCAUAAGAUACCUUCAGCACGAUGCCGGGAAAACGGCUUUGUCCGUCAUUCUCAAUCUAACGAACGUCGUGAUGAAUGUGAUCGCGGAUUUUAUGCUUAUUCACAGGUGUUAUUCAAUCUGGGGAUCGAAUGAACUGAUGCUGUAUUCUUUGGGCCUUAUCGCCUUUGUUAUCAACGGCACUAUUCUUGGAAGCCUCAUCGCAGCAUCGGUUGGAUACAACGAUACAAGUGUGCUAUCGAACGUGUUACUAUUCGAGAAGGCGAAUAAAAUCAAUACCGGAAGUUGGUUAGCAGUUGCCGCUUUCAACCUCUUGUUGACGUUGUUGAUGGCUGGACGGAUCUGGUGGAUUACGCGUGAAAUUAGGGAGGUAAUGGGGAAGCCGAUAGUGAAGAGGUAUCAUAAACUUGUGGCAGUCAUCCUCGAAUCAGGGAUUCUUUACUCAACUGCCCUGUUAACCUCUAUUGCCGUGAACCUGGCACUCGACCCCGAUGAUCAUGGUUACUUACCUAUCGAUCUUUCCGUUAUCACUUAUCAAAUGUCGGGCAUCGCUCCGACACUGAUCAUCGUCCGGAUCGCAUACAGGAAAAUGGUGGAGACUAGUAUCAUCGAAGGAGGACCAAUUUCGACGUUGCAUUUCGCUGCUCGUAGCCUUGAAGUCCAGCAGGGAUCUAAACCAGAAGUUUAA